AUGACAGAGCAGGUGACUCCCAGCCCCUUCCCAAUAGAGCUGAUGGCCAGCGCUGACUUCUACCCCUGGGAGGACGUGAACUCGGGCGAGGCCAGCAUGUUGCCAGAGCUCUGUGAGAAGGAGGCAGUGCAGGGCUUCGCCCGCACCUUCCAGCCCGCCGUGUACCUGCUGCUCUCGCUGCUGGGCACAGCGGGGAACGGGCUGGUGCUGCUCACACACACUCGCUACCGCCAGGCACGCAGCAUCAGCGAUGUCUGCAUCCAGCACCUGGCUCUGUCCGACCUCCUGCUGCUCCUGACGCUGCCCCUCGCCAUCACGCUGCAGGGCUGGUCCGCGGGCACAGCCGCCUGCAAGGCGCUGCAGGGUCUCUACGCCCUCAACUUCUACAGCGGCUUCCUCUUCCUCACCUUCAUCAGCGUGGAUCGCUACGUGGCCAUCGUGCGGGUGCCGGCCGCCUGCCGCCUGCGGCCCCGGGCUCGCCGGCUCGGCUGCCUGGCAGCGGGGCUGGCCUGGGGGGCGGCCGCGCUGCUGGCGCUGCCCCAGUUCAUCUACAGCCAGGCGGAGCAGCACCACGAGCUCCGCCUCUGCCGCGUGGUGUUUCCCCGCGAGGUCUCACGGGCAGCCCGCGGUGCCACCAACCUGCUGCAGGUGCUGCUGGGCUUCGCGCUGCCCUGCCUGGUGAUGACGAGCUGCUACGCGGCCGUGGCACGGACGCUGCUGGCCAGCCGCGGUGCCCAGCCGCAGCGGGCUCUGCGGGUGCUGCUGGCCCUGGUGCUCGUGUUCGUGGCCCUGCAGCUGCCCCACAGCCUGAUGGUGCUGCUGGACGCGGCCGAGCUGCUGCUGCCCUGGGAGAUGAGCUGCGCGCAGAGCCGCCGCAAGGACCUGGCGCUGCUGGUCACGGGCGGGCUGGCGUACCUGCGCUGCUGCCUCAACCCGCUGCUCUACGCCUUCCUCGGGCAGCGCUUCCGCCGGGAGCUGCGGCGGCUCGCCAGCGAUGCCGGCUGUGCGGGGUCCCUCAACCCGCGCUGCUCCGGCCGCUCCAGCCCCCGCCGGCGGGCAUCGCUCUCCAGCUACCUGGACGUGAUGUAGGAGCCCGGUGCCGCGGGGUUCGGUGCCUCCGCCACGCACCCGGGACAGCCCCGGUGAGCAGCGGGACGCGGGCAGCACCGGACAGCCCGCACGGCGCCUGCACACGCCUGGGGAGAGGGGAGAGCAGCUCAACAUCGCCUGCACGCCCUGCGAGUGCCCGCACUGCCCGGCGGGGCUGCGGUCCCUGCAGAGACCCUGCAGUGUCACCGUGCGGUGUUUGAGGGCUCCGGUGAACCGGCUCGGUGGGUGCAACACUGGGGCCAGGCAGGCAGGUGGUUCUCACUCUCACAA